AUGCGCACGCUUCGCGCGGUGGCCGCCGGGACCGCUCGUCGUCGCCACGACCGGCCUCGGGCCGCGACCGAUCCCGCGACCGGUCUCGCGGCCGGUCGGACCGGAGCCGAUAUGCCCACCACGACGACCACUUCGACCGAAGACCGCGACAAGAUGGAGAUCGCGAUGCGUACAGCGCUCGGAGCGGUGGACAGAAACGCAGCUCCCGCGAUCGUGACGACCGUCGGGGCCAUGAUGCGCGCCGCAACGACGAGCCAUCACGAGAACCGAAGAGUCGAGAUGCACCCCGCGCCGAGCAGCAAUACGAAUCAACAAGCUCUCGACGACAGGAAGAACGCCACAACUCGAGUCCGCGACUUCGUAACGCGGACCGAGCUUCAAGCCGCGAACGGCGCCCCGUCCCGCCCCGCGCAACAGAGCCGCGUGCUCAAGAGAGCCAUCGACACUCUGAACGCCAAGCAAGUCCACGGCGCGAGGACCGCCGCCGGAGCCCAGCGCGGCGCCCAAAGCCAUCCCGAGACGCGGCAGCGCCGCCAGGGUACUGCCUCCGACACAAAGCCGGCCGAGCCAACGCGACGUCGAGACGACGAGCACAAGCCGCGUGAAGCCGUCGAUCCGUCCAGUGCGGUGAAAGAGGCACCAAGGGACCGUCGUCAUAAAGACGCGGAUGAGAAAAAGCUGGUCAAGCGACCCGUGCCAGCCACUGUGUACGACGAGUCGAGCGAAGCGUACUGGAAGAAGCACCACGAGGCCAAUCGUAUGGACAUCAAGUGGCUCGUCUGGCAGGCCGACGCCGACAUCUCGGGCUUCAUGGCCGACUUUGCGGCGCAGGAAUUGGCCAACAUUAGCCAGCGCAUCCAAAGCCACGAGCACCAGCUCGCGCAGUGGGAGCGCGGCGACGACCUCCCGGAUCUCCCGACCCUUUAA